CUACUGUCAGUUAGUGCCGCGCCGCGGUCACGAAACACUGUUUUUAAUUUAAUUAAUAACAUAAAUUAAACGCACAAAUUAUUUAUUAAUCAAUAACUGUUACAGUUACAUUUUAUAAUAAUUAGCAUAAUUAAUCAAUGUCAUGGGUAAUACCUGAUAUUCUGUGUAUCUUCAAGGUCAUUUACAAUCAUAACAAUGUGAAUUUAAUGUAGUGACUGUGAUUAUGCUUUGUGAUUGAAAGAGAGAUCUCCCUGAUGCAUUUAUUUAAAAAAGUGAAAUGAUGAUGACUGAAUUAUAAAUAAUUUGUAGUGAAUAUUAAUGGCAUUCAUUGUGAAUUUAUGGGAUAUCUCAUUUUAUUGGUCGAUUCUUUCGGAUAUUACCCACAGAGAAAGAUUGAUAAGAGAAAGUGUGACUAUGCGAUUCGAGUAGUUAUCGUAGAAAAUAAUCGACAAAAAAAACAUCUGUCGUAAUGAGUAACCUGGGGGUGUUUUAUCUUUUUUACCUUUUAACACUCUGUCUUCACAAUGGAGACGCUAUAGACAUAUCACAAUGCAUCUCCCCUUUGGGAAUGGAAGCAGGAAUCAUUCCAGACGCCGACAUCACAGCAAGCUCGAGCUUUGACAGUGGCAACGUUGGACCACAACAUGCACGCUUGAAGCAAGAACGUAAUGGUGGUGCAUGGUGUCCAAAAGAGCAAGUUACAACAGAGCCACAUGAGUGGCUAGAAAUCAAUUUGCACACGAUGCAUGUUAUAACUGCAACUGCAACUCAAGGACGUUUUGGAAAUGGCCAAGGGGUGGAAUAUGCAGAGGCAUACAUUCUUGAGUACUGGAGACCGAAGCUCGGCAAAUGGGUUCGAUAUCGGGAUGUUAGUGGAGAAGAGGUAAUUAAUGGCAAUAAAAAUACAUAUCUUGAAUCGAAACAUGAGCUCAACCCAGCAAUAUGGGCAACGAAAAUUCGAUUUCUACCGUACAGUUAUCACCGUCGUACCGUGUGUAUGCGUGUUGAAUUGUAUGGCUGCUCUUGGAACGAUGGUAUCGUAUCUUAUUCGAUGCCACAGGGCGACAAACGCGGCAACUGGGAAUUCUUUGAUGCCACAUAUGAUGGCUUCUGGGACGGUGAAUUACAACAUGGCUUAGGACAACUUACGGAUGGUAAAACUGCGCCAGAUGAUUUCAAAAUGGGAUAUUACGAUUAUGAUCGUAGUCAAGGAUGGGUGGGUUGGAAGAAUGACACUCGUCCCGACCAUCCUCUUGAUGUCAAGUUUGAAUUUGAUCGAGUUCGUGAAUUCUCUGCUGUUCAUAUUUUUUGCAAUAAUCAAUUUACUAAAGAUGUACAGGUAUUUUCUGAAGUUCAUAUUUUAUUCAGUAUUGGAGGAAAAUGGUAUAUUGGUGAUCCAAUAAUAUACGCUUAUAUGGAAGACCGGAUAUUUGAAACAGCUCGUAAUGUUUCGAUAAAACUUCAUCAUAGAAUUGGGCGAUUUAUCAAAUUAAGAUUUACGUUUGCUGCCAAGUGGCUCAUGAUUAGCGAGAUUACUUUUGAGUCUGACAUAGCCCAUGGGAAUUUCACUCCGGAGUCACCCCCCUCGACUGAGUCUCCUCGUACAAAGAACCAAAGUACCUCAAAAGAUAUACCACUACAAGCGGAAAUUCCUAUCUCAACAGCGAAACAAGACGAUCCAACAUAUAUGGCUGUCAUAAUCGGUGUUCUCACGGCUGUCAUACUUUUGCUAGCCGUCGCAAUAUUUUUCAUCGUAUCACGACAUCGACAGAGAAAGAAUUUUGCUAGUUCCCUUGACACCAAGGAUUCAUUACCUUCUGGUAAUCAUCAACACCUUUCGCCUGAGUCAACGUAUGGUAUGACUGGUGAAAAGGAUUCUUCACUGAUGACAUAUCGUGUUGAAGAUUAUGAUGACCGAUAUGCUGGAGCUAAAUUGACAACUCUUCCGCGAGAUUUAAAUGAUCGUUUACUGGGUGAUGUCAGAUUAGACGAGUACCAAGAACCGUUUCAUGAAAACAAGUAUAGAGAACCAUCGCAAGCUACUUACUAUGGAUAUAGUACGGUUGUUAUCGACAAUAAGGAUUUACAUGAUAACAUUGAAUGUUCAGAUCCAACGUAUGAUUAUGCAGUUCCAAUACCAGUACCUAGUACAAGCAGUGAGCAUGAGAGUGUAUUCUCUAAAACAUCAUCGAGAGGUAGUGCUAAGGCAUGUUUGCAGAGUUUUUUUCCACCGCCACCGCCACCGAUAAGCGUCCCAUCGACUCGGGGCUCCAACAACGUAGUCUAUUCAAGCCCUCCAAGUCCUCAACUAAUCUCUGAACGCGAACGGAGAGGAAGUAAACGUCGGGAGCACACGCACAAUAGAUAUGCGUAAGGAUCUACUCUCUCUCACUCUCUUUUAUUCUCUUUCUUUCUUAUUCUGUCUUUCUCACGAGUCACACAUAUUCUGGUGAAUAUGAUAAGCAAAUAUUUUAAUGUAAUGUUCAACAAUCAUUUACGAAUGCAUAUAAUAAUCAGUAAGAAUGAUGAACAUUUGCAUUUAGGUUUCAUACAAGUGAUUUCUGUCUAUGCAAAAAAAAAAAAAAAGAAUUUUAAAGUGAAUUAAAGAUAGUGUCAGUUCAUGUCAAAUAAAUAUCUUGUAAAACAUACAUUAUAUAUUACAAUUAGGACGAUCGAUUCGUAGUAUUUCCCGCAUUUAAUUGAGAGAAAAAAUUCAUUGAGUUAUUUUAUUAUUCUUAAGCAAUGAAAUUAACGAAAAAUUGAAGAACUCAUUCAGUAUGCUUAAGUUUUAAUCGUUACACAGGUCAAAAAAAAUAUUUUAAAAAAUUCUAUUACGUUCAAAUUUUUUAUAAUAAUUGUUGAAACCGCAGCAGGCCUGUGUCACAGUAAUUAUGAGAUAAUUUAUUUAUUUAAAAAUUGAGAAUUUUAGAAACAAAAAAAAAAAUGAUUUUUAUUCUCUCAGUGAUGUGAUGACGAAUCGACUGCCACGCUAUAAGACUGAAACUAUUUGCAAACUGAAAAUAAUAUACGUGUUUGGCUUUAUAUAACUUUUGUGCUCCCAAAACAACCAAACAAACACGUUGAUGUAUUUUUUUUAUUUAAUUAAUGAUUAAUUAAUUGAUUAGUUAUUUUCUAUCAGCGAUAUCAGUAAUUAAUAUAAGUCAUACGAACGUACAUAUUUAUAAACAAUUAUUAUUAAUAGAAUUUAAUGACCAAUUGUAGCCAUUAAGUCUGAUUGAAAUAGCGAAAUCUUGUAUAUUAUUUCUCUAUUUCUAAACCGACAUCGCCUUCAACGCAACGAGUAAAAACUAAAAAAAAAUAAAAUAAAUGAAUAAUUAAUUAAAUAAAUCAAUAAAAAUAUAAUGAUGACGAAAGAAGAACGAACAUUGAAAUAAAACAUAAUUUUUAUGAGUAUUGACAAUACAGGGAUAAUCCAACAAUAAAUAUCAUGUAUGUAAAUCCGAUGAUGAAUGUGAUAUAAGUAACAAAAAAUAAAUGAGAAUACAAAACAAAAAUAAUUACUUAACUUAAUGUUAAAUAAAAAGUUAUAACAACAUUGCAAAUCAUACAAAAAGGUAUAGAUAAUGAAAUUCUUAUACGUGAUUAAAUUCUCGAUACUCGGUUCAUCGAAGCUUUGUUGGCUAACUUUUUAAAUUAUACAUGUAACAUUUUUUUUAUAUAUACAAAAAUAUAUAUAUAAAGAAAAACUUAAAAAAUGCGUUUAUCGUUGAUUUCAUUGAUUAUUCUUUAUAUCGCUAGCUACUGAAAAAUGGCGAUGUUAAAAAAAAAAGCUUUUACUGUUGCGUAACUUUGUGAAUGAAAAGAGUUCAAGUGACGGAAGUUACUACUUUUAGGGUGGUACAUAACUUUCAAGUAUUGUAUAGAAAGGGCAUAGAAUAUUGUUGUUAAAUAGGAACUUUCAUUUGCAAAGUACGCAAUGAUGUACUCGUUAAUGAGAAAAUGCAUUAUUUUAUGAAAAAAUAAAACGAUAAUAAUAAAAGGAAAGAGAAGUAGAAAAAAGUUAAAUAAUAUGUCUUAGGGUCUUCUUCGAAUAUUAAAUAGCAAAUAAUUAUUGCAAUAAUACCUUUGCCUCUUUUACUAUCACUUUUUUUCAAUAUUUAUAUACUCAUAUAUUUUACCGUAAAAACAUUUACAACUACUUUUUACAUAUUUUUGUCAUCUUUAAUUUAAAAAAAAAAUUAUACAGGUUGAUUCGCAUUAAUGUUUAAUAUGAAAAAAGGUGAGACUUAAUUUAUGAAAUUCAAUUAUAUUUGAAGGCAGAAGAAGUUAUCAUAAAAUAAUAAUUAUUAUAAUUUAGAAAGAUAAUAAUUAAUGAAAAUAAAUUUAUUAGACUGAACGAUAAAAAUUCAGAAACGAUAAAAAAAAAGAAAUUGAAAAGUGGUUGGAAAAUAUUGGUGCGGUAAUAAUAUACGUAAAUAUAUAAAUAUUAAUAUAAAUUAGUAGUUUUUAAAAACGACAAAUGUCAAUUUAUCCGAUGCGUACUGGACGAUCAAAUAUUUUUUAUGUAAUCUUAUCGUAAUAAAGAUUACUGAUGAUGAAUAAUUUAGGAUUGUAGAACAAAUCUGUACUCUAUGAUAAUGGUUUAUUGAUAUGAAAUUUUGGCUGAAUUUUUUUUUCAAUAACUAUAUUAUACGAGAAUCUGGUGAGGAUCUGUACCUGUUCAGAACAUUAUAUUCAAAAUCACAUAUUAAUAAUUGCAUUUGCCUUUAGAGAAUUUUUUUUUCUAUUUGUCUGCGCUUUUAACAAUGAAAUUAUUUCUGCACUUCUAUUGAACGAAUUAAUUAGGUUUUUUUAUAAACAAAAUAAAAUUUAAUUUUAAAAAAUCUCGAUAUGAAUUAAAGGUUUGACAGUAUUGAGUCAAAAGAUGAAUAAUUGAUGAAAAUAUUAGUUGCUUUUAGUAGAAACAUUUGUAAGCUUUUGAUAAGCUUUUAUUACUGUUCAAGCGUAAUCCAGCUUGCGUAUAAUCACAUUGUGAAAUUUUUCAUGUCAUUUUCAGAAUGAAUUUCCCGCAAAAAAUUGCUUUGCUUAAACUAUUAAAAAUGUAGAAAGGAUUUAAUAAUAUUAGAAAAGUUUAAUGCUGAUGUUGAUUGAGUAUAAAUUAGAGUAACAGUCUUACCAAUACAAAUGUUUAGAAUUUUUUCUGUCAUUAAUUUUAUUGGCUGAUGUAGCAUGUAUUUAAACAUAAAAUUACUAAACCAAACGAAAAUAAUUGUACUCACAAAAGUAUAAACUAUUUUAUCAUUACAAAAAUUAAAUGAACAUUAAUUGAUUUCAAUAUCAUAGAAUGUCAAUAUUACUGAAGAAUAAUAUUGUUCAUUUCACAAUGAAAUUUAACAUUAUAUUAAUUAAAUCAAUAAUUGUUCAUUUUUGGCCUAUUCCAUAUUAAUGUAAUCAAUGAUUAAAAAUAGAGAAUUUUAGAUUGAUAAAAUCUUAAAUUAUUCAAUUGUUUUAAAAAGAACUCAAGAUUAAACUAAUUCAUUUGAGAAUAAUAAAUAUUUAUAGCACGAUUUUAAUUAAUAAAAUAAGUAGAACAACCCAGUAGACGGUACUCGGAAAAAUUUUCUAAAAUAAAAUAUAAAUAAAAAAUGUAUAAUGAAAAUUUUUUACAAGUUCUGCCUUGUAUUUAUUCUGGACUGGAUCGUCCCGCCUGUAAAUCUCAAACUUGACAGGAUUUUAACAGAUUUUAGCGUUGUAGUUAAUCAAUGAUUCUUAAUAAAAAUAAACGAAAAGAAGAAGCAAAAAAGAGUAAAACUAAACAAUGAAAUUAUGAUAAAAAAUUAUAACAAAAUACGAAAAAUUCAUUACGUAAUAUUGUACGAGUUAUAUAGUGUACGAAUUUUUUAAAAACAAGGUUAUUUAUUUUAUGUACAUAAACAAUGUAAUUUAUAUAAAUAUAUAUAUACUCAAAUGAUGAUAAAAAAAUCAACACCCUGUAAAUAGAUGUAACAUAAAUGAUAUAUUGAGUACCACCAAGUGUAAUUAAUUAUGGUGCCCCACAUGAAUAAAUGAAACUAUUAUAAUUAUUAUUUCUUUAUAAAAUAAAAUAAAUGUUAAUUUUAGAAUGAUAAA